UUGUCUCGACUUCGUUUUCUUCUGGUGUAGUUUGUUUUUACCAAAUUUUUUUCACUGAUAGUACAUACAAAAUUAAAAGAAAAACGCGUUUUUUCAAUCAGUUAAAACGUUUGCAACGCAAAGUGUUCGAAUUGCUGUAUUCCUACGUUGAAAUAAUAAUAAAAUCACUAUGGCCAAUGCUACUUUACCGCCACGUAAAAAUCCGACACCAACACGAAUUUCUAAACAACAUCUGACUCCAAUUCAGACUUUAUUACAAAUGGGCUUCCAAAAACAUAGGGCUGAAAAGGCCUUAGCAUCAACGGGAAAUCGUGGAGUGCAAAUAGCUUCUGAUUGGCUUUUGGCCCAUGUAAAUGAUAACACACUCGAUGAAUGUACACCCCGAGAAUAUAUACUCUAUGCAUGUCCCACAGGACCAUUUCUUCAACAAUUGGAAGAUUUUUGGACAAAAUCAAGACAGUUAUGUGGCUGGAAUGGAGCUCAUAACUAUGUGCCGCACAUUACAUUGGUUUCCUUCUUUAAGGCUCCUGAUGAAUGCUCACUGCAAUUGUCAAAAGCUUUAAAGCAAGUUGUUGACAUGACCGGUGCUCUCUUAGACCGGCCCAUAAAGCUAGAACUUUAUAUGAGUCAAAAUUUUAUGGGCUUCUUUGUUGCAGAAGACGAUGCUAAUUACUUGAAACGUUUGGCUUUGCAAUAUGUCAAGGAAGUUUCCAACUCAAUCAUAAGCGAUACAUAUGAGCAACUUGAUGCUAUAGUUGCUUGUUUUCCCUGGUGUGGUGCGGUUUCAUCGGGAAAUCGUUGUAUACCGCGUAGCAGUCGCUCAAUUUCGUUGGAGCCACACGUGAAAUCUUUGCACCUGACUUUAGCGUAUCAAUUUCCGCAGAGCCAAUUCAAUGCACUGAAAACUUUAGUGGAAUCACUAGACGCAUCAUGUGCCUCCAAUUGGGAAUUGCGUCUGUAUUCGCGUGAUCCCAGAUUGGCUACAAAACAAGUGCAAAAAGUUGUCUAUCCCCAUAGUCCGCAUGAAAUCGAUGAGCUUGAAUUGCGUAUUGGCGAUUAUAUUUACUUGAAUAGUGACGCUGUUGACAACUCAUCGGACGGCUGGGCAGAAGGCAUCUCUUGGCUGACGGGUGCUCAAGGUCAUUUGCCGGUUAACUACACCGAAAGAACAGCAGAAUCGGAUGCUUGGACUUUACAUCGUGUGGUUCGUUUGUCUAAAUCAAUAACUCCCUCUUUGACCUCAAACGAAGAGUGUGAUUUAGUGGAUGGUCGCAGCUUAUCAACUGAAACAGAGGAACAACUAAGGCAUCGCGAUUCAACUCAAAUUGGUAUCCAUGCUUCGGAAUUUAUUGAAGGCUCAUCUUUUAACGAGGAUUCUGAACAAAGUGUUGAGAAAUAUCUACGCAAAACAUUGAAACCUUGUCUGGAUUUGCCUACUAUAGCAAACAAUAACACCAACAAUCAUCAUCAACAACAACAGCAGCAGGCAACACCUUUGAUAGAAAUUACUCCCAAUAGUAUGUCGACACCAAACGCUAGUGGUGACAUUAAGGUGGAACCACUACAAAUAGCGGCUCCAAAAGCUGAUGAUACACUUAGUCAACAUUCGGCUGAAAAUUCCGUGUCCUUGUCUUCGAAAAAUCGACGAGUUUAUGUAAUGCGCCAUGGAGAAAGAGUUGAUUUUACCUUUGGCACUUGGAUACCCUAUUGUUUUGAUGAAUUCAAUAAUUAUAUGCGUAAAGACUUGAAUAUGCCAAAAAUUCUUCCAAAAAGGAACAAUAUACCUGAUGGUUGGUUAAAUGAUUCUCCGUUAACAAAUAUAGGUGUAUAUCAAGCCAGUUUAGUAGGAGAGGCUUUGAACGAUGCGCGUGUACAGAUCGAUCAUGUGUUUUGUUCGCCGGCUUAUCGCUGCAUUCAGACAUGUAUCAGUGCUUUGGAAGGCCUUAAAUUGACGGGUAAACACAAAAUUAAAUUGGAACCUGGACUAUUCGAAUGGAUGGCAUGGUAUCCCGAAGGUGUACCCGAUUGGCUAACCAAGGAUGAACUGAAAGCGGCUCAUUAUAAUGUGGACACGGAAUAUCAGCCGUUUGUUACUGUCAACAAUCUGAACGAGUCCAUAAAAGAGACAACUGAGGAAUUUUAUACACGUAACUAUGAUGUCUUAAGAAAAAUUAUAGAUUCCACAUCUGGAAAUGUUUUGAUUGUAGCUCAUGCCACGACAUUAGAUACCUGCACAAGACAACUAGUAGGAGAAGCACCUAGAAAUACAAACGAAUUGCGAAAGGUUAUACACAAAAUACCCUAUUGUAGUUUAGCCAAUGUGGAGGAAAUAGAUGGCCAAUGGAAAUUAGUUGAACCCGAGUGUUUGCCAGUUACACAUUCGAAAAAUCCGCGUUUCGAAUGGAAUGCUUUAACUGCCACAUAGUGCAAGUGUUUUGAAGAGUUUAUCAGUAAACUUUCUUCCUAAAUAACUUAAACGAAAUAUACAUUUUUUUCAAUAGACUUAGCUUGUUAUUCUUUUUAGUCCACGUUCUGUUCGUUUUAAAAACAAAUUGUAAACCUUAUAUUUUUCUAAGUCUGCCCUAUGAGUUUAUUUAUACAAAAAUUAUACAAAGAGGUUGUGUUUUUAAAAUAUUUUUUUGUUUGUUUUUUUGUUGACAAUUGAAUGUUUUCCCUAUUAUCUUAAGGUGAAAAAAAGACAUAUUAAUACUCUGGUCUCGACAAUUCGACUAUAAUACCAUACAAUCCUAAAAACUGCCAUGCUAGUUUAAUUUAUUCUUCAAAGCUGUACGGGUUUUAAGAAAAUCGAAAACGACAACUACUUCUAUCAUCGAUGACAGGAAAAAGGUGUAUGCUCCCGUUGAAAUGUUAAGUAGUGGCAAGAAUUCCAUCGGCUAUAAAACUCAACCAUAAUAUUUUCUUUAAAAAAAAAUUGGACAUAUUUUUCUAUAUUUUACCGCUCUAUAUGCUCUAAAAAAUAGGAAACAUUUCUGUUAGUUCGUUAAAGUAUGUGUAAUUAGACAAAUAAUUCAUUCCAAUAACACAGAUUUGUUAAAAAGUUCUCUAUGAUUUAAGAAUUUAUUUUUCCUUGACUAAGUUUUAAAUGAGAACUAAACUUUUGUACAUUUAUUUUAUAGUAGCAGAAAACUAUAAAUGUAUCUUCCAGCAAAACUAUUUAUUUAUUUAUUUAUCUAUCGAUUGUCUAAUUUUCAUAUGGAAUGAUUCUAAAACAUACGUAACACUUAUAUAACUUAUAUUUAAUAUUACGAUUAUUAUUAUUAUGCAUUUCUUAUUAGCGAAGUUGGAAACUUCUUGUUAGCAAUACUGCAAUAUUAUAGAUACGACAUAUUAAUUAAUAACAAAUGAAAAAGGAAUGCGUUUAUUACUACAUAGAAUUGAUAAUUUUUUUUACAAAUCAAAGGAAAUGUUCAGACUGACUAAGAACUUUCAGAUUAUGUGAAAAUUAAAGGAAAUAAAACUUUGAAUAAAUAAUAUCGGUCCCUGUCAAA